CGUGCAUAACGACUGGUUAGUGUAGCUAGCUGUUGGGAGGGGGGAAAAUCCAGGCGUGUUAAUUCUUUGCACGCGUCUCCCAUUGUAUUUAACAUUUCUAUUAGCAUUCCAACCCAGUUGGUUUUAUUUGGCGGUAUUUUGUCCCGUACUUGUGAAGUUUGGUGGAUCUGAUCCUGGAAUUUGUCCAUUGGCCACACUGUCGGCGCAAUACACGAACAGUGGGAGCUAACUGUCUAUUAGAUUAUUACCAGUAUAGCUUGUUGGCUAACCAGCUCCCUGCAAUUCUUAACAGUGAAGUCCCACCCUCCACGGAGUGCGUGGUCGUCGUGUCCGUGAAGCGGUACUCGCUCCGUCCCUCCCUUCUUCAACUCGGCGGGCAUCGGUGUUACUUGUUACUCCCCCGACUGGGCUAGCGAAGACAAACCUUUUAAGCCCCAGUACGUCGCUCAGUGACGCCAACUGCACUGUUGGCGCUACGUGGGGAAAGACGUGUCUUCGAGGGAUACGUUCGCUGUGGUCACCCCCGGCUCAGAGGUUCGGGUUUGAGAAAAGCGGCGGAAAACAGGAGUGAAAGAGGAAUACUACACGGCGAAGGAGGGGCUGGCUAGUUUAGCCGGUGUGGUUGAAUUCGCAUACGGAAAACACUGCCACUGAGCCAACACAACCAUGAGUAUUGAGAUACCGGUGGGCUUGAAGGAACUGCUGGAGGGCUACACCGUGGAGGUACUGCGACAACGACCAUCGGACUUGUUGGAUUUUGCCGUCCAGUACUUCACCCGCUUGCGGGAUACCAGGGGUCAUGAUGGGGCCAAUGAAGGUGGCAAGACAGGAAAGGGGGUGAUGUUUGAUGGGGAGCCGAUGCAAACGGAGUCCAAUGGAGAUGACGAUGAAGAUGAUGACUCUGACUUUGAACCUCCACCACCAAGCAGAUUCAACAGAAGAGUUUCAGUGUGUGCGGAGGCAUUCAAUCCAGAUGAUGAUGAUGAAGACACAGAACCCAGAGUAGUUCAUCCAAAAACAGAUGAACAGCGCUGCAGACUGCAGGAGGCCUGUCGAGACAUCCUGCUCUUCAAAACGUUAGACCAGGAGCAGUUCUCUCAAGUGCUUGACGCAAUGUUUGAAUUACGGGUUCAGCCUCAAGAGCAUGUGAUUGACCAGGGAGAUGAUGGGGACAACUUUUACGUCAUUGAGCGAGGCGUGUAUGACAUUGUGGUGUCAGGAACAUGCGUUGGUCAAUAUGACAAUAAGGGCAGCUUCGGUGAGCUUGCACUCAUGUACAACACCCCACGUGCAGCUACCAUCAUUGCCACUCAAGAGGGAUCGCUAUGGGGUCUGGAUCGUGCAACGUUUCGUAGACUCAUUGUCAAGAACAAUGCCAAGAAGCGAAGGAUGUACGAGUCUUUUAUAGAAUCUGUGCCCUUACUCAAAUCCCUGGAGGCAACAGAGAGGAUGAAGAUAGUGGACGUAUUAGGGGCAAAACAGUUCUCCGAUGGUGAACGCAUCAUCACACAGGGAGACCGUGCUGACUGCUUCUACAUAGUAGAAUCAGGAGAGGUCAAGAUCAUGAUGAAGAGUAGAACGAAGGCCGACCAUGCAGACAAUGCGGAGGUGGAAAUAGCACGCUGUAGCAGGGGUCAGUACUUUGGGGAGCUGGCCCUGGUCACUAACAAGCAUCGGGCUGCUUCUGCCUACGCAGUGGGCAAUGUCAAAUGUUUGGUAAUAGACGUACAAGCAUUUGAGCGCCUCCUGGGCUCCUGCAAAGAGAUCAUGAAGAGGAACAUCGCCCACUAUGAGGAGCAGCUGGUGGUCCUGUUCGGCUCGAGCAUGGAUCUGAGAGACUGAGCCUCCCACUUCACCCUCCGUGCCUUCUAUGACAUACAGACAUAUACAGUGAUGACACAGACUCAUAAUAAGCUUUACCCCUAUUGUCCAAACACGAGAAAUUGUAAUCGGCCCACAUGCAUAGGAGUGAAAUAGAAUCAUCCUUUGCAUUUACACUGACACAACCACCUACUUAUCUCCUUACACGUGCACUCACGAAUAAAUCUCCACUUACAAACCUAUUAAUUCAGGCCAUAACUCCCUCCCCCUACUGAACCCCCACCACACCUCCAGCUUGAAGCUUUCAGCACGAGUUGUUUUGGCUGCUGUCACCUGUUUGCAGGUAAAGCAGGAAUGGAACAAAAAAGGAAAACACUCCAUUUAUGACAUUUCAGAAACGCUAACUCACAAUUCUUUCCAUUCACGAGCGCUUUAACAGCUCCAAGUUGCCUCAGCCAAGGAGAUAGGCACGCAUGCACUCACUGACAAACACAUAGACACGGGAGAGUACACUUAUUAAACACAAAACACACUUGAAAAAACACAUUCAGUGGAGCUGACAAACUUUAAAAAGAUGUUGAGGAAAAUGCAAAAAAAAGUUUAAUGAAAAGUUUUAAAACAUUUUAUGAAGAUAAAACAUAAGCUUUGAUAAAAUAUUUAAAUAUAUAAUAGAAGUGUUUUCCUCCAUGAGAGGCCGAGGUGCAGAACAACAUGAGAACACUCAGUUUCGUCCUCAACUGUUGUUAAUUGAGUUCAGUUAGUGCUGGUGAUUAUUACCGUACCACAAAAGUAGUGGUAAAAACAAUAAAAUCCUUCAGUUCUGGGACUUUGUUAUUCUCUCGUUGAUGCCACACUUUGUUGUAUUGAAUUAAUUAUUAUUGUGUUGUUAUGUAUUCAUUUGUUUUAUUUUAUUUUGACCAGCUGAUCAUUUCACCCCUUACAUCUCUGUAAAAACAAAGAUAAAAGCUAAUAAAAAAUAUUAGUGAUCAUUUCUCCACGAUUAUCUUAAAUGAGUUGUCCUGGAUGAAAAAGAAAAAUAAAGCAAACAUUUUGUUAAAA